CCCCCCCCCCCCGUCCUCAACCUCUGGACAGGCUGCCCACCGGUGCAGGAAUGGACUCGUUGAUGAGGCGACUUACGGCUGUUCCUCUUUAAUUCAAUAAUCCAGGUUCCCUUCCCUUUUCCGACCUUAAGGUCCCUCUCUCCUCUCCGUCCCCUCCCUUCCCUUCCUUCUUCCCUUCCCUUCCCUUCUGCUCCUGCUACUUACGUCAGCACCCUUCUCGCUGGCGCUUGGACAAACCCGAACUACUUGAUAUUUGCAUCUCCAUCCGCGAUCCCUGGUCUUCCCGCCAGUCCGCGGCCACAGUCUUGAUGAUGGACAUCAACUCCCUCCUUUCGCCCCAGGAUUCGAAUUCACAAUCCGGGCGCUCCACGCCUUCCACCGGGCCCUCCCCGGUCCCCAACACCUCCGUCCCGACCACCGCAGGGCCCGCCCCCAAGCCCUUGCGAAAACCUCGACCCGGCUCGAACAAACCGGGCAUGACCUCCUCGCCGCUCGCGCAACAUGUCUUCGCUCCGUCACAUCUACCGGAGCCGUCGCCGCCCGCGAUGAGUCCCAAGGUCGGACCCAGCGUGGGAGGGGGGAGUGGUACCCCCCCGGCGACCGACCUGCCGCCCCCGAGACAGCCCUCCACCCCGGGCAUGGACACACUGGCCGAUCUGGCGUCAAUGCAGCAUCAUCAGCCGCAGCGCUCCAACGCCCCCAUGCUGCGCGGCACCGAGUCGUACGAAAGCCAGCUGUCCCCCUCCACCAUGUACCCGCACGUCAACCCCAUCUCUCACAAUACCCCUACCCCGCGAUCCUCCUUCGAUAUCGCCAUGUCGGACGGUCCGCGAGAGAGCGCCCGUAGAAGCUACCUCGCUACCUCCCUCGUCCCCAACGCCCAGCGCCAGGCGAACGAGCUGUUCGUGCAGAUCCAGGAGAACCCCCAGUCGUACGAUGCGCACGUCCGUUUCGUGCGCGUCCUGCAUGCCGGCUUCGUCAACCACGUCUACCCCCCUAAUAACCCCGACAUCCACGGCGACCCUCGCAAAUACGACCUUCUGAAGGACAUGCGAACGGCGCGCGAGGAGAUGGACAAGCUGUUCGCUAUGGGCGAGGACCUCUGGGCGGAGUGGAUCCAGGACGAAAGCAUGCUGGCACAAUCGUCGGAAGAACGCAUCGCGGUCAUGGAGCUCUGUCAGCGGUCGGUCGAGGAGGAAUACGGCAGCACCAAGCUCUGGGGCAUCUACGGAGAAUGGGUCCUGUACCUCUACAACGCCGCCCACGGGGACGCUAGCCAAAGCCAGUGGACCGAGGAGGACCGUUUGGUCGGUCGCGAGGUGUUCACCUGGCCGUCCGUCCUGGAAGUCUGGCAGCGCGGCGCCGAAUCCACUCGCUACCGAAUCCACGACAGCAACCUGGUGUGGGACCGCUUUCUCGACCUCCUCACCCAAGACAUCUCCCGGAGCCCGUCGCAGGAGAAGGUCAACCACGUGCGAGGCUUGUUCGACCUCCGACUCGCGACCCCUCACGCCACCUGGGAGCAGACAUUUCAACUCUUUUCCGGCUUCAUCUCAACCUAUUACAAUGCGAACUACGAGACCAUCAUGGCGGACACAGCCGCCCAUUACGCGACCGCGAGCAAGGAGACGUACGGCGCACGCGAAGAGUUCGAGAUCAAGCUGCGCAACGCGGCCGAGUCAGGCGACAUGGGACAAGAAUGGACCGCAUUCUCCGAGUAUAUCGAAUGGGAGCUCGGCCGCAGCCGUCGCAAGCGGCAGACUAAUUUCGAACUGGUCAAUGCGCUCUACCAGCGUGCCGUGCUGCGGUUCCCGACCGACGCGAACAUGUGGGAGGAGUUCAUCAUGUUCUUGGUCGACGAGUCCAUGAACGGCAACACGAAAACGACGACCAUUUCCACGCUCGACCGCGCCACGCGACACUGCCCCUGCUCCGGCAGCCUGUGGUCGCAGUACCUGCUCAGCUCGGAGCGGGAAGGGCAGUCCUUCUCGAAGAUCUCCAACAUCAAGCACAAAGCCACGAGUACGGGUCUGCUGGAUGUCGGGGGCAUGGAGGAGGUACUCAAGGUGCACACGGCCUGGUGUAGCUACCUCCGUCGACGGGCGUUUUUGUCUGACUCCACCGACGAGGACAUCGAUGUGGCUGAGGUCGGCAUCCGGUCCGCCAUCGAAAGCGUCCAGGAACUGGGCGAGAAGAAGUACGGUCGCAACUAUCAAGGGGACCCGUUGUUCCGUCUGGAGCGCAUCUACAUCCGCUACCUGAGCGAGAGUGGCAGCUGGGACAGUGCGCGAGAGACGUUCAAGGGUCUGGUGGGCCGCCGUGGUAACAGCUAUGAGUUCUGGCUGACGUACUACGAGUGGGAGCUGAUUUCCUGGAGCAAGUUCGUGCAGAACGAGACCUCGAUCGACGCUGCCCGGCGGACGCCGAACCCCAGCUACGCUACCGCAGUGCUGAAGCAGGCCAUCCGACGCACCGACCUGGACUGGCCCGAGAAGAUCAUGCAGACCUACGUUGCACACUGCGAGGAUUACGAGGACUCGGAUGAACUCCAGCUGUCUAUCUUGGCGACCCGCAAAGCCAUGAAGGCCGUCACAACCCGGCGCGAACGGGACGCAAGGGAGGCGGCCGCGCGGCAGGCCGAACAAGCUGCAGCGAUGGAACAGGCCACGCAGUCCGAAAAGCGCAAACGAGAUGACGAGCCUACUGUGAACGGGGCGCCGGCCAAACGGGCCCGUGCAGAGGAGGCUGCUCCCGCCGCCCCCGAGUCCGCGGAGGCCGUCGCACUCCUCCGCGAUCGCGAAAAUGCGACGGUUGUCGUCAAGAACCUGCCUCGCGAUAUCGCGGAGCACAAGGUGCGGCAGUUUUUCCGCCAUUGCGGCAUGAUCAACAGUGUCAAGAUGCUCUCGAGCGAGGACGGCAAGUCGGAGACCGCCAUCCUUGAAUUCAACUCGAAGGACGAGGCGGUCGUCGCCCAGACCCGCGAUCAGAAAACCAUCGACGAGCACACGAUCGAGGUACAAUUCGGGGCGGGCGCCACGUUGUUCGUGACCAACUUCCCCGCAACGGCCGAUGAGCAGUAUAUCCGCGACUUGUUCCGUGAGCACGGCGAAAUCCUCGAUAUCCGUUUCCCAUCCCUGAAGUAUAACACGCACCGGCGGUUCUGCUACGUCCAGUUCAAGACGCCCGGGGACGCGUACGGCGCCACGACGUUAGACGGGUCUACGGUGGGCAACGGCCUACACCUGGUGGCGAAGAUCUCGGAUCCGACACGCAAACAGGACCGUCACGGGCCGAUGUACGAAGGCCGUGAGGUUCACGUGUCGAAUCUGGACUGGAAAGCCAGUGAACAGGACGUGGAGGAGCUGUUUUUGCGCUUCGGGAGCGUGGAGCUCGUGCGCAUUCCGCGUAAGGUAGAUGGUGGCAGCAAGGGCUUCUGCUACGUGGUCUUCUCUUCCAAGGAGGAAGCCGAGGCAUCGCUGGUCAUGCACGAACAGGAGUUCCGGUCACGCCACCUUCAUGUGAAGCUGUCGACGCCGCAAGGAGCGAAACGGAGCGCGACGACCAUCCUGUCUCGUGUCGGACCGUCGCGGUCCCCUUCGGUCGAAGUCAACGGUCUGAAGCGCGAGAUGAGUGAGGAGGUGCCGAACAGCGACCGGACGGCGCGCACGCUGGGCCUGAUGAAUGUUCCUGACACGGUCAACGAUGCCCGGGUGCGGGCGCUGGUGGAGCCGUACGGCAAGCUGAUCAAGAUCGUGCUGCGGCCGGACCACCAGGGGGCGAUCGUGGAGUUCGCGGACGUGCAUGAGGCGGGCAAGGCGUCGCUGGGGCUGGAAGGGCAGGAGAUCGCGCCGGGGCGGAAGCUGCACGUGGGCACGGUGCCGGAGAUGCUGAAACAGUCGGCGGAGCGCAAGGGCGGCGGGCCCAGCGUGGCGGGCAAGUCCAAGGACAAGCCCGGCGGCCUCUUCCCUCUGGCGGGACCGAUCAAGCGCCCGGGGCAGCCUGGCACGCGCGGCGGCAAACGCGGCGGGCUGGGCGUGAAGCGGACCCUGGGCGGAGCGGCGCCAAAGGACAAGGACACGACGACAUCAACGACGACGACGACCACGAUGACGAGCGAGGGGCAGGCCACGAAAAAGAGCAACGAUGACUUCCGUGCGAUGAUCCAGCGGAGUCGAGCGGAAUGAGCGGGACGAGCGAGGGCGCGGCGCACUGGACGGAUGGCCUGGCGGGAACGGCGUUACCUCUCCGCUGGCCGAUGACGGACUUUCUCUCUCUCUCCCUUCUGGGUGCGGUGCUUUGGGGUUGUUCUUGCUACUUCUGAUGCGUGCGUUUGCAUUGCUGCUUUCCAAUUUCCCGUGUAUCAUCAUGGCCUUCUCUCACCAGCUCCGGCUGAAGUUGAAUUGUAGAUUAACUACUUACUAUUCUCUUACGAUCGGGUGACUGUUCACGGUAUUUAUAAAUGUGUAUGCAGGUGAUGCGAUGCAGUCG